AGCAAGUCGGUGGCCGUUGUGUGGAGAGUGUGUGUGCGGAGGCAGAUUGCCAUGGGAAGUACCUUUACUUCUGGAAGGCUAGAGAAGACAUGGGAGAACUCCAGAAGACAAGUAUUAGAAGUACCCAUGGAGAACAGUGAAAACUCAGUGGAUGCAAAAUCCAUUAAAAAUUCCGAAACCAGAAAGAUCUUCCAUGGAAGCAAAUCAAUGGACUCUGGAAUAUACAUGGACAACAGUUACAAAAUGGAUUACCCUGAAAUGGGUUUAUGUAUAAUAAUUAAUAAUAAGAACUUUCAUGAAAGUACCGGAAUGCCGUCUCGGUCUGGUACAGAUGUGGAUGCGGCGAACCUCCGAGAAACAUUCACAAACUUGAAAUACGAAGUCAGGAAUAAAAACGAUCUUACACGCGAACAAAUUGUGGCGUUGCUGGACAGUGUUUCUAGAGAAGAUCAUAGCAAAAGGAGCAGUUUUAUUUGCGUGCUUCUAAGCCACGGUGAUGAAGGAAUCAUUUAUGGAACAAACGGACCUGUUGACCUGAAAAAAUUAACAGGUUUCUUCAGAGGGGAUUAUUGUAGAAGUCUAACCGGCAAACCCAAACUCUUCAUCAUUCAGGCCUGCCGAGGCACGGAACUGGACUGCGGCAUUGAGACUGACAGUGGUACCGAGGAUGACAUCGCCUGUCAGAAAAUACCAGUGGAAGCCGACUUCUUAUAUGCGUAUUCCACAGCCCCUGGUUACUACUCCUGGCGAAAUUCCAAGGAUGGAUCCUGGUUCAUCCAGUCACUUUGCUCGAUGCUCAGACUGUAUGCUCACAAGCUUGAGUUCAUGCACAUUCUUACUCGGGUUAACCGAAAGGUAGCUCUAGAAUUUGAGUCCUUUUCUCUUGACUCUGCUUUUCACGGAAAGAAACAGAUUCCAUGUAUUGUGUCUAUGCUCACAAAAGAACUAUAUUUUUAUCACUAAAGGUGGAUGAUUUUUUUUUUUUCGUUUGUAUGCCAAGGGAGGAAAAGGUUUAACUGCUCUGUUUUCCUCUCUCAUUUAGAUCUAAUCUAAUACUUCAAGUGGUAUUUUGGAACAUGGCACUUUCAUAGCAGCAGAAUUAUGAGGCUACCUCAAACUCAGAAUCAGGUAGUUGAAAUCAAACUUAAUUAGGGAUAAAUAAAAGUGAAUAGUGGCACAAUCAUUGUGAGGGGAAAUGUUUGUAAAUUAACUGCUCUCAUAAUUAGCAAGUUUUAGUGAUGCCAUGCUAUGAAUUCUUAAGUAAAUACGGAAAACGUUCAACAUUGUAGUUAGGAAGUUCAGUGAUCCUGGUAUGCUGUCAUUUAAGAGUAUGCACUCUCGUUUUUGUCACACCAUAGACCUACUGAUGUGGAAUAAGGUGUCCUAGAAUUGUGGGGACCCAUGGACAUGGUCAAAGUCUUAAAGACCUACCUUGAUUUUAGAAUCGGUAUUUGGAGAUAAGGCCCCUGUACUUUUAGAUCAUUUGUUUGAGUGCAUGGUUUCGUGAUGUUGGUCCUGAGCAGGUCUUCUGCGGCAAAAAGUCACGUUUACUAUUGAAAAAGAAACUGAGUGUUUUGCUAGAGAGGCAGUGUGCGCAAAUUCCGUUGAUUCUUGUGAGGCUAGAUGCGGCGUCAGUGGAGGGAGACAGGGUCAGAAGUGCGAAGUGCCAGAGAGAGUUCAUCCACCAGCAUCGCGGUCCUGAUGUCUGCGCCCGGGCCCAUCCGCUGAGCUCUCACCAGGAGAGCACCUAAAGAGCAGUUACGUAAAAACCUCAAACUGUGGAUCGUGCUGAUAGCAGCGCGAAUUGACGAAAUUCUACAGGAAUAUAAUAAAACACACCGGGCACAGUAAACAGUGUCAUGCAACGAAGAAGCAAUAAACCCAUCAGCUGGGUGCUCCAUAACUAGGAGAUGGUUUGACCUGAGCAGAGACACGGCGGGCACAGCCCGUGUGAUGUGAUGGAGACGGGGCCACAGACCGGCUUCAGAAAAACCACCGCCAGUUAGUUGUUUCGUAUGGACUGGUGCGUGUGGAGGAUGAAUCUCCAAGAAAGCAAACCAAAGCAGAAACGUCUGAAUUGGAAAUUUUCCAAAGAAGGUGAGCGUCACAGCCGAAAGCAUAGCACGCUUUGUAGUACGGUGUUUAAGCAAGCUAUUUUCUGUUGAAGUCUACACAGGAAAUGGUCCGGUUAUAAUCAUGUCCUGUUCUCUGAAAUGAAAGGCCCACCGCACACAGAACCUGAGACGGCAGCCAGUCUCCCCUCCCCUGGCACAGGGGAAGCGGCGCUCGGGCAGGCCCUGGGCCGCUGCCGCAUCACCAGGUCUCCCUGGUUUUUCCGUCUCACGUUGCACAUAAGCUAUCUCUUGCUCAAAGAAAGGAACUCACAUUUAUAAAUGACAGCUCUUUGUUUUGACUAUGGAACUUUUUUGUAUAAAUGAAGCAUGCAAUGGUAUCUGUGUGACUGUUCUGUAAACUUUUGUUACGAUUUUUUAUUUCAAAACAUAAAUUUUAACUUAAAAUUACCAA